AUGGAGUUACCAACGAAAACUGAUAUUGAGGAGCGUUUAAUUGAUGAGGUUGCUAAAUUCCCAUGCUUGUUCGAUAAAGCAAAUCCAGAUUACCGACUUGCAGCGAAACGAGAGGGAGCCUGGAAUGCAAUUAGUGAAUCAAUUGAGGAAACAGCCAAAGAAUGUCUGAAAUUGUGGACUACGUUGAGGCAGCAAUAUGCAGCAUACAGAAGAAAGUUAAAACUACCCAGCGGACGUGGCGGAGACCCACUUCCCUCAACUCGAGGGAAGAAAACAUUUUUUCGUCACGAGACGAGGAUGGAUUUUUUGAGAGACAUCGUCGAUCCUAAUUCAAGCACUACUUCAAAUCUCGAAGAAUCUGCAAGUGAUCAAGACAUUGUGGGCGUCGAGAUCUCGGAUGUUGUGAACUCAGAGGAGUUGCUGCCCCCUGAGUCGCGACCGAUCGAGUCCGCUGACGUGACCGAAAGAGCCAAACCUCAAGCUGAAGAGCGUGCCCAUGUGAAAUUUGGGAAAAGAAAAUUGGACGCUAUUGAUACAGAAAUGGUGAAACUUUUGCAGUCAGAAGACGAUGAAUACGACUCAUUUGGAAAGGUUGUCGCUUGCAAGCUCCGAAAAAUAUCCGACUCCAACAGGCGAGAAUACUUACGAUUACAGCAAUCAAUAGGGAAUUUAAUUUUCGAUUGUGAAUUAGAUAUAACGUUGUAA